AUGGCGCGCAAUGAGGAGAAGGCCCAAUCGAUGCUUAACCGCUAUUUAGCGGGAAAGCUAGAGGAGAAGCGGGGUCCAAAGCAGAAGCGUCCAUACCUAGCAUCGGAGUGUCGCGACUUGGUCGAGGCAGACAAAUGGCGCUCUCAAAUCAUUCGGGAAAUCGGCAAAAAGGUCAUGGAAAUUCAGAAUGAAGGGCUGGGCGAGCACCGCAUCCGGGACUUGAACGAUGAAAUCAACAAGCUCAUUCGCGAGAAGGGCCAUUGGGAACGGCGUAUCAAGGAGUUGGGCGGGCCCGACUACUCGCGAGCGACGGGGAAGGUCACAGACAGCAAAGGGAGAGAGGUUGCGGAGCUCACAGGCAAGGGUCGAGGUUACACGUACUUCGGCGCCGCCAAGAAGCUGCCCGGUGUGAAGGAGCUGUUCGAGGCUGAACCCGUCAAGCUAGCACGGAGGUCCCGGCACCAGAUGUAUCGCUCCAUUGACCCGGACUACUACGGCUUCCGGGACGAGGAGGACGGGGUGCUGGAGCGCGUGGAGGCGGAGGCGGAGAAGGUCAUACGCAUGCAGGCCGUCCUUGAAUGGGAGGAGAAGGAGAUGGAGCGGCAGCAAGCGCUAUCCUCUGUGGGGACACGCGCGGGAGGCGGUUCAGCCGCCGCUGGGGGCGAAGGCGACGAGGGCUCCCGCUUCAUCGCGUAUGUUCCCCUGCCCGACCAGCAGGCUAUCGAAGCCAAGAUUCUGGAGAUGAAGCGCAACGACCUGCUUGCUAAGUACACCAGUGACGCACUGUUGCAGCAGCAGGCUCAAGCUAAGGCACUGCUUAACAAAAAGUAG